UCACAUGUUUUUAAUGUUUUUCUAAUAUUUACUCUUAAAAUUAGUGAUACAAUGGCUAAAUAAAUAAUAACGAAAGGUUUCAAAAUUUUCCUUUAUGCGGGUACAAAACAUUUGUGCAUAUAUGCAGUGUAACAACAAUAUGUAUAAUUUACGAUACGAAACGCUGUAAUACUAAACAAUGCUGUAUAGAAUUAAUUGAAAAAAGAAGCAGAUACAAUUUUGUUUGUAUUAAAAAGAAAUAAUAAAUCUUAUAAUUAUUGAAUUUUUUUACUGAAAUUAAACAAUAUCUCAUACUGAUUUCUCACUUUUCAUCGUUAUCAUAUAAUUACAAUUCUACACAUAGUCGUACCUUCAUACAUUUCAAUUCAAAUCUGUAUAAUUGAUUUUCGAAAAAUGAACAUUUUUAUUACCUUAAUGCAGGAAAAAAGUAGUGGGAAUUUAUAAGUAACUAUACAAAAUAUUCUUUAAUUUUGUAGCAUACGUAAAUAUGUACUCUGGAUAAAUCAAGUAGAAUGUAUAACAGGUUAUGUUUCUAAUUACGAAAUCAUUAUAAAAUUCAGUAAAAGUUAUUAUAAAAUUCAAACAUAUCGUAUAUGAGAUUAAUUACCAAGUUAAUAAUUUUUAUUCAAAAUUGGAUUAUCCUCUUUAUGAGUGUGUUAUGUGUAUAAAGAUUCAUAUUUUGCAACGCGUAUCGUAUAAGUAUACAUGUAUGUAUAAAUACGUUGCUUUGCACCUGCAAUAGAGUAGUGUGCCAUAACUACAGUUACAGUUUAAAGUAAGUACAGCACCUUACAUAUUUUUGAAAAUUACUUGUAAUAUCCAUAAUGGAUGAAAUUGAUGGAUUGAGGCAAAAAAUCAAAGAACUUGAAGACAAAUUACUUCAAAAACAACAUGAAAAUACGUUUACUACAAGAGCAAAAAUAGAACAUAUGUCAAGUGAAGUGACUGAUGCAAAUCCUUACAGUCGUUUGAUGGCAUUAAAACGUAUGGGUAUAGUAAAUAAUUAUGAAAGAAUAAAAGAAUUAACAAUUGCUAUAGUUGGAAUAGGUGGAGUUGGUAGUGUAACUGCAGAAAUGCUAACAAGAUGUGGAAUUGGCAAGUUGAUUCUUUUUGACUAUGACAAAGUAGAGAUGGCCAAUAUGAAUAGACUUUUCUUCCAACCUUACCAAGCUGGCCAAAAUAAAGUAGAAGCAGCAGCAACAACAUUGCAAUAUAUUAAUCCAGAUGUAGAGAUUGAAACUUACAAUUACAACAUUACUACAAUGGAUCAUUUUGAAGAUUUUACAAAUAUCAUAAGCACAGCAAGUUUAAAUAAAGGUCCAGUAGAUUUAGUUUUGAGCUGUGUAGACAAUUUUGAAGCACGAAUGGCGAUUAAUACCGCAUGUAACGAACUUAAUCAGAAGUGGUUUGAAAGUGGGGUAUCUGAAAAUGCAGUUUCAGGUCAUAUUCAAUUUAUUAUUCCUGGAGAAACAGCUUGUUUUGCGUGUGCUCCUCCAUUAGUAGUAGCAGAAAACAUUGAUGAAAAAACUCUAAAACGAGAUGGGGUUUGUGCAGCAUCUUUGCCAACAACUAUGGGAAUUGUUGCAGGUUUUUUAGUUCAAAAUGCAUUGAAAUAUCUUUUAAACUUUGGUGAUGUUACCUAUUAUUUGGGUUAUAAUGCUAUGCAAGAUUUUUUUCCUAAAAUGAUAUUAAAACCAAAUCCAAACUGUGAAGAUAGGUAUUGUAAAAAACAUCAACUAGAAUAUGCGUUGAAACCAAAACCAGAACAAAAGAUAGAAAAAAUAGUUGAAGAUAAGCCUCUUCAUGAAGAUAAUGAAUGGGGAAUUUCUCUUGUUGAUGAACAAGAUCAACAAAUGGAUGAAAAAGAGCAUUUAUUAUCAGGAAGUGAGCAUAGCGCUUCGCAUUCGAUUUCUUCUCAAAUUAAUCAAAUUCCGUCUGAAUCUGAUGCUAGCCUAGAGGAACUGAUGGCACAAAUGAAAUCCAUUUGAGUUUUAUUCGUUUACCGGAAUAGUAAUAAUAUUUCAUACUAAUAAUAAUAUUAUUUAUACAUUCCACUUAUAUUUUUUAUAUUAUUCGUAUUACAUGUAAAAAAAAGAGAUUAAUAUAUGUCGCGAUAUUAUAUACAAUAUACAAUAUUGUAUACAUAUGUACGGGUUAUUCGAUACAACAGAUUUAUUAAAGUUA